AUGGAAGGAACCUCGUGCACUCGCGAUGACGGCACACCUUCCCUUCGGAAGGCUCUCGUGACAUUUGUUCACCCGUUUUGUGAUCACUCCUGUGGUGGAAAGGCAAAGUUCCUCACUGCCUUGAAAACCAUUGACUGGUCAGCAAGUCAGCUUUCUUUAGUGUAUGAGCGUGCCACUGCUAGCAAUGAAGAUUCUAGCAGACUUAUUCUAGAAUAG